UCCUUUGCAGCAUUUCACUGCGAGGCGUACGCAUUAGUUCAUUGAGCUGAGGUGUUUGCGGAACGCAAUUUGAACCCGUGCUCCGCGGCAACCUGCGGUAUCCCCUCGACGGUAUCCCUCGUACUCAUGGGUUAAUGAAUGGAGCUCCGCAUUACUGGCGACCUGCGCAACGCGCGCAUUGCGAGAAUUGCGAACCCAUUCCCGAACGCAAAUGGAAUCGCGCUUCGGCCCAACCGCGACCGUCGCAACCCGCGCAACGCGCGACGCACGAGCUCGGGUAUAUAAGGGCUUCACCUGCAGUCUCCUGCUCAGUUGCUUUCUUGUAUCGCAAGAGGGAGUUUUGACUACGCUGGACUUUGAGGACUUGAGUGACAGUGGAUCUGCUAUCUUCGCGUCGCUGCAAUUCUUCUUCUCUACUGGGACUCUUGACAUCAUGUCGUCGGUGACAAUGAUAUCACUCGCUAUCGUAGCUGUUCUCUUGCCGACAUGCAUCUUGACCGACAACCUGAGAUUUGUGCCAGUUAAAUCUUACCAUAGUAAGUGCACGACGCCUGGAUGGGACUUGGAUCCUAUUGCUUCUAACUGUAAAGAUGUGAAUGAGUGUGUCAGGUAUCCGGGCAUCUGUAGUCGGAGAAAAACGAAUCAUCCCUAUCCACUGUAUUGCGUAAACACCAUACCUGGCUAUUAUUGCGGGUUGCCAAGAGCGAGCGAGGGCUUUCACUAUUCCGCAGAUGAGAUUAAAAGGGAUCCCGCUGGAGGAGUUUUCAGAUUCCAGUGCCCAGAUGGGAAGGUUCCACACUGUACCCCUGGCACUACAUGCAAUUCCAAGAGCGGAGCAGUAGUCCCGUUUGGAUGGAAUUCUGUCUCCAAACAAUAUAAAAUUUCCGUCGUGCCCACUUGCAGGUCCCCAGUUUGUCUACGGCCUACGGAUCCAGCUUAUGGGUCUUACAGCAACGGUGUAUUCUCCGAAGAAGAAUCUCUGAAUACGCUGACUUUGACAUGUAAUCAGGGAUAUGAGGUUGUCGGUAACCCCAAAGUGACUUGCUUAAAAGCUCCUAGCUCUAUUACCUCACUAGCCGGAUGCACCAAGAUAUGUACAAAACCAACUGUUCCAAACGGAACUUUUAGGAAAGGUUCAUUCACUGCCGUAAACAAUCAACUGGUGGGAACGUGUGACAAUGGCUACACACCUGUACAACAGCUUAAGGCGACUUGCGACGUUUUUGGCGGGGUGACUGUGGUGGGCAAAUGCGUGAAAGAUUAAGAUGAUAUCUGGUAGAUAUUGCAACAUACUCCGCAGGUUGUAUCUGCUGCUCGCUAUGCUUAGUGUCCGGUCUGCUUACCUCGACCAACCAACAGUAGCCAUGGUCACUGUAUAGUGAUGGGUGAUAGCAACAGAACCGUAGAAUACCACCCUAUCUCACAUGCCUAGACUACAUUUGUUAGAAGGCGUUUCUUCGUUUUCCUCGUUUUCUUUUUCUCGUUUUCGUUCACUCUUCCCUUCUCUGAUCUCAUAGCGCUGAUGAUACAUAUAUAUUAUAUGUAUCUAUUAUUGCACGAUUAAAGAGGUCAAUAUAUGAAAUAUAGAACGAGUAAAAGACCGAGGUCCCCCGAGGUCUUUUACCAGGUCUAUAUUUCAUAUAUUGACCGAUUAUGAGGGCAAUAAUAGAUUUAUCACGACAUAGCAUACCUAAAACUGUUCUUGCUUUGCUAUAGGAAGAAACUUUCUUCCUAUAGCAAAGCAAGGGGUGAAAGGGGUGAUCCGGGUACCCGUGUACCCGUUUGUUUAGCUGCUGACCCGUUAGCAAACGAGUACCUGUUAGUCGUGUACGACGGUACAGUACGGUAAUAUUAGCUGAUUUGCACAGUUGUUCAAUUUGAUGUACAGGUUGAAUGUGUUGUUGCUUGUUCGAUCCUCCUAAAUUAGACAAUUUUGACUGUUUUGCAUGUAGCGCAGUACGUGCGCAUGCUGCGCUUGUCGCGUUGUAGUGCACUUGCUGUGAAUUGCAUGACUUUGCAUGUCCUCCUCGCAGAAAAUGUAUAGUAACUGUUACUAUUGGC